CCUCCCUCCCCCUCCACCCGCAUCGCCAUCUCCCCCACCAGCGCAUCCCGGGGCCCUCCACGCCUCUGCUUCCUUCCUGGACGACGGCCAGUGCUCCGCUCCUGCCUCCCUCCCUAUAUAAGGCGCGGGACUGCGGGGCCUGUGCGAGGUUGAGGACAGGAUAGAUAUAUAUACUCGCUCCUCGCUCUGUAAGGAAGACGAAGAAGGGCGGCGGCGGCGUCGAUCGAUCGUCUGCGCACGCCGGCCGUGCCGAUCGGUCGCCGGCCAGCCAUGGCCGUCGAGGCGCACCAUCUGCUCCACGCGGGAGGCCAGAGGCCGCAGCUGCUGGCUCCCCACGAGGGGUGGGCCUGGGCGGGCGACGCCGCGUGCUGCGAGGCGCCGGCGGCGACCGCCGCGGGGCAGGGGCAGCGGAGACUCGCGGGCAAGCAGCAGCAGCAGCAGCACUACAGGUUCCAGCAGCCGUGCGCGGCCACCCCGGCCGCGGCGGCGGGGCCGCGGCUCGUCGCGCCGACGGGGCUGUACGCGCCCGGGCCGCAGCUGUGCGCGGCCGACGCGUCGGAGAGCGGCGUCACGUUCGGCGGAGGUGGAGGCGGCGCGCAGCAGCAGGCGAUGGCGCCCAGGAAGCGGAAGCGCGCCGGCGAGGGGCAGCCGGCGCCGGCGCUCGGGCUCGCCUCCGCCGACGUGGCGGCGCGCUUCCAGCAGCAGCUGGUCGAUGUCGACCGCCUCGUGCUCCAGCACACCUCGAAGAUGUGGGCGGACCUGAGGGAGCAGCGCCGGCGGCACGCCGGGCAGGUGGUGGCCGCCGUGGAGGCCGCGGCGGCGAAGCGGCUGCGCGCCAAGGACGAGGAGAUCGAGCACAUCGGGCGCCUCAACUGGGCGCUCGAGGAGCGGGUCAGGAGCCUCUACGUGGAGGCGCAGGUGUGGCGCGACCUGGCGCAGUCCAACGAAGCCGCCGCCAACGCGCUCCGCGGCGAGCUGCAGCAGGCGCUCGACGCCCAGCAGGCGCGCUGCGGCGGCGGCGUUCUCGCCGACGGCGGCGCCGGCGACGCCGAGUCGUGCUGCUGCGGGGAGAACGACGUCGCCGCCGGCGGCACCGGGGCCGGCGACGAGGGGGAGGACGAGGCGGGGACGCCGGGGACGAGGAGGAUGUGCACGGUGUGCGGCGAGGGCGCGGCCGAGGUGCUGAUGCUGCCGUGCCGGCACCUGUGCGCGUGCGCGCCGUGCGCGGGCGCGGCGCGGGCGUGCCCGGCGUGCGGGUGCGCCAAGAACGGCAGCGUCUGCGUCAACUUUUCGUGAUCCGUGUGAAAUGAAAGCAAAUAGUAUUAGAGUAGGUUCUGCUUUCCUCUUUUUUUUUUGGUGUUUUGUUUUUUUUUGAUGGGGCGAUGAUAGGUGCUGCGGUAGUGAUGUGUGGAUACGAGAGGGGUGCAUCUUUGUAGCUUUUUCUCAAGCGGUUGGAUGGAUCUAUAUUGAUCAACAAGAAGAAAAAAAAAGAAGAGAGAAGAAAAUCAGAAACCUUGCAUA